CCCCAUCAACCCAAAAUUCUUCUUCUGUGUGACUUAGUUUCCAUCAAGUUACAUUCUUAUCCCAAUUUUCUCUCAUUUCCUGAAACUUCUCGUACCAAAUGGUGUUCGGAAUCAUGUCUAGUCAACAACAGCACGAAAUGGACGAAUCGGUGAAUGCUAGUUCGGGUGUCAACGGCAAGCGUGGACGGAAACCUGGCCGCAAUUCCAAUAAAAACGGCGAACACAAAGGCGACAUGAAGGCCAAAUUAGAGAGGAGCCGACAGAGUGCCAGAGAAUGCCGAGCUCGUAAGAAACUGCGCUACCAAUAUCUGGAGGAGUUGGUUACGCAUCGUGAGCGCUCCGUCUUGGUGUUGAGAAGAGAGUUGGAUCAGUAUCGUCAAUGGUGCAGCGACAUGGACGAAGGGAAAAUGCCAGAAGGAAUUGAACGGCUUGUGGAAGAGGUUCGCCGAGAGCGUGAUCUUCAGAUACAAAUGAAUCAACUGAAUGCCGCUUCAAACACUCCCAGACCACCUACUCGUUCCGAUGAAGCCGACAUGAUUGAAUCUCCAUCAUAAACGGAACAUCUUCUUCCUUUAAAAUUCAGACAUGGCGACCAUCAACUACAUAUUUGGACGACUGACUCACUUUUUCACCACGUUAUCUUGUACAAUACCUUAAAAAACGGUGCAAUGGCAUAUUACACGGAGCUCCUUCACGA